UUGCAUACAUGCUUUCUUCUCCUACUUGCAUUACCACCCCAUCCAUUCCACACUUCUAUUUAAAUCUCACCAUCCUUGUCACCAUAUAUCCUUCCAAAAAACCAACAUCCCAGUCCCACUUCUAGUCUCCAAUCUUCCCAUCACCGGAUUGUAACCCAUCUGAUCAACGGCUGAGAUUACUUGUGGGCCGUCUUCCAGAAGUGCCUCAAAACCAAGGGCUAAAAGCUCCGUCACUUCAGGGAAUGAAUGGAAAGAAAGGAAGCAUCAAAAUCGACAUCUAUAUGGCAUCAGAUCUCCAACGGUCCAAAUCGGCUAAAAAAGUGGGCCAUGCAGGCUUCUCCUUCAAGCGAUGGACUCAAAGCCUAUGGGAGUUUGCCAAAGAAGACAGGAACAGAGUAAUAUUCUCAAUGAAAGUAGGUCUUUCUGUUGUUUUGGUGUCAUUGCUGAUACUGAUUCGAGCACCCUACCAUAUCUUCGGCACCAACAUCAUCUGGUCAAUCCUCACCGUUGCCAUCAUGUUCGAAUACACCGUUGGGGCGACUUUCAAUCGAGGAUUCAACCGAGCUCUCGGAAGUGUAUUUGCUGGAAUCAUUGCCAUUGCUGUAAUCCAAGUGAUCAUGUACACGGGCCGAGUUGCAGAGCCCAUCAUCAUCGGCUUCAGCAUCUUCAUGAUCGGAGCACUUACGUCGUUCUUGAAGCAGUGGCCAUCCCUUGUUCCGUACGAGUAUGGCUUCAGGGUCACUCUCUUCACUUUCUGCUUGAUCAUCAUCUCCGGCUAUAGGAUCGGGAAUCCGUUGCGGACUGCCAUCGAACGGCUGUACUCGAUCGCGAUCGGUGGGAUUGUAGCAGUGCUGGUGAAUGUCCUCGUUUUCCCUAUAUGGGCAGGAGAGCAGCUUCAUAGCGAGUUGGUCAAGAGCUUUGACUCUGUUGCUGACUCUCUUGAAGAGUGUGUGAGAAAAUACCUGAAGGAUGAUGGAUCAGACCAACCGGAAUUCUCGAAGACAGUCGAUGAUGAUUUUUCCGAUGAGCCGGCUUUCCAUCAGUGCCGAUCGACUUUGAAUUCAUCGGCGAAACUCGAAUCGUUGGCGAGCUCCGCGAAGUGGGAGCCGCCGCACGGGAGAUUCUGGCAAUUCUUGUAUCCAUGGUCGGAAUACGUGAAGGUUGGUGCUGUUCUCCGGCACUGUGCUUACGAGGUCAUGGCUUUGCAUGGCGUGCUCCAUUCGGAGAUACAGGCACCAUAUAACCUUCGAAUCACGUUCGAAUCAGAGAUCCGAGACGCAAGUAGCAAGGCAGCGGCGCUUGUGAGGAGCUUGAGCAAGGACAUCCACACCAUGAAACACACCCUUCAAACUUCUCUACUAAAGAGUGUCCAUAUCUCUACCGAACGCCUCCAACGGUCCAUAGACAUGCACUACUCUUACCUCCUCACGGCGGGCCAUGAUUUGGAUCUCUUGUCCAAGCCAACACCCAUCAAACACUCCACCACCCUUGGUGACAGUGGCGAGCAAGAGCUACCCUUGAACACACCGCCUCCCUCAACAGCUAUAGCUCCUGUAGCUCCAACUGAGUCCUACCAUGAGAUAAUGAGGAAGCAACAAAGGCGACUCCAUUCAUGGCCAUCGAGAGAGGUGGAUGAAUUUGAAGAAGAGGGAGGGAUUACCACGAGCCUUGUCCCGAAGAUGCGAGCACUCGAGAGCACCACCGCACUAUCGCUGGCCACUUUCACCUCUCUGCUCAUUGAGUUCGUCGCCCGUCUUGAUCACCUGGUUGAGGCCGUUGAUGAGCUUGCAAGGAUGGCUAAUUUUAAGAAUGAAGGUAUCGACCAAGAACUGAUCCCAUCAUCGUAACUUGGUUUAAACAAAGAAAAAAAGAGUGAUGGCAAAACAUCAUCAUCCGCUGGCUUGUUAUUGGAUUUUUGACAUAUAAACCUCUUGUCUUUUGUUCCAUUUCCAUAAAAUCUCCUCCUUUAUUACUGUUUAUACUGCUGUAUAAAAGUAAAUAUAGCUUUUUUAUUUUAUUUUAUUUUUUAACUGA